GUGGUCACGUCGGCGGGGCGUUGUCUGACUCGGAGUUGUUCGUGGGGUCCGAACCGUCGUCCCAGGACACCGAUCAGGAGGAGUGGGAGGCCGCUGCGGGGCACGGCCCCAAGCCAAAGGGCGGCCCGUGCCAUUAUUCGCCGUAUGGGCGCGGCCAGCUUUUACUGAAUAGAGUUGGGAAGUCUAUCGAUGCCCUCUGUUAUGAAUGCGGCGCAGGCUUCGACAGAUCUUGGAAUAAGAGGAAGGGUGCCAAGCAAGGACGCACAAAGGCCCAAGGAAGGCCCCUCGGGUCUCUCCUUGCUUGGCUGAGCCUGGAGUGUCACGGGGACCCUGAGUGGCACAGCGAGCAGUUCUCGGACGAGGGCUUGCCGCGUUGUCGGCGGAAGGCCGUCCGUCGCGAGGCCAAGGACUCGAGAGAGUUCGACGAGUUCUUUGAUCGGGAGAGGUCACCCAGGGCGUCCGAGUCAGAGGGUGAACCGCAGCACGUGCCGACUCGCAAG